CUACUCUCCUUAACUUUGGUUUUGUUGUUGAAAAAGGGAAGAAUUUUUGGAACUCCAAUUCACCCCUUCUUGGAGUAUAUUGAGUCAACACAAAUGUUCCCAAGAGGCAAGUUACCCAUCACGCUUAAAGUCCUGCGAAUUGAUGGAUGUGAAAAGCUAGAGUCUUUACCAAAAGGAAUAUUGAUGAAUAAUGGUGAUGCAUAUCAAGUGCCACAACUUAAAAGAUUAAAUAUUCUCAGUUGUCCUUGUCUGAAAUCUUUUCCAAGUGGUCAGUUACCCAAUGCUUUUAAAUGGCUUUAUAUCGAGAAUUGUAAGCAACUGGAGUCUCCGCCUCAAAGGAUGCUGCAGUAUUGUACUGAACUUGAAGGGAUUAGUAUUUAUGGAGGUGAUAUGAAAAGUUUAAGUUUUGAGGACAUGCAUGGGCCCACUUCUUUAUGGAUACGCAAUUGUGAUGGUUUGGAGUCAGUUUCCUUGUCCAUCUCCAAUCUUAAAGAGUUAUACAUAUCAAAUUGCAGGAAUCUCAAGUCUUUGCCUGACAAGAUGCACGACCUAACUUCUCUCGUUAGAUUAUAUAUAAGCAAUUGUCCAGGGAUCAAGUGCAUUUUAGAUAGUGGUUUGCCUUCGAACUUAACACGGCUUCAAAUUUAUGGGUGUAUAGGGAUCGAGUCCAUUCCAGGUGAUGGUUUGUUUCCAAACCUAAUUGAUCUUGAAAUUGUUGACUAUCAAGGGAUUGAAUCCAUUCCAGCCCGUGGUUUUCCCUCAAACCUUAGAAGUCUUAUAAUUGGUUGCAAGAAUCUGAAGAAGCCGAUGUAUGAAUGAGGCCUUAGCAGCCUCACCUCUCUUCUAUCCUUGGAGAUUUAUUGCACAUGUCCUGAUCCUGAUGUGUUUCCCACUUCUCUAACCAAUCUUGUGGUAGGCCUUCUGGCACUAGAAAAUUUAAUUUACCUUUUAGUUGUUGGUUAAACGAAAAUAGUUAUGUGCUCUGUGCGGUGCCCAGAUCAUCAUUUCAAGAAAGGCAUCAUAAAAGAAGGGCUAUGGAGAAGCCUUAGUGGAUUCAACCAUAAAUAGGUUGAUGCUUGGGAAAGAAGGCAUGUUGUGAGAUAGGCUUACUUUCUAGAAGUUGCAAAUUUUUUUGUUUUCCAAUUUCACUCAAUUUUAUUUUCUCUCAUGUUUUGAGUUAUGCUUAGUUGUGGUGAAUUCAUGCAAAAUCUUGUAUAUGCAUUGGUUUUUGUGUUUCGAUAUGAAUAAAAGGCAUUCAUUUUA